CAAAAUCAGCAGCUGCCAAUUUGCCAAAAUAAUAAUUAUUAAAAAGGAAUGUUUUGUAGGGUCCUCUCCAAAAAGUCUUGCAACGGGCUCUCAUACGAUACGUAAACUUUACGUUUUAAAAUGAAGCUAGCAUUGGAUAAGAUCCGUCGCGGAAGAAAGCCCACCGUUAAAAGCUGCUCUUCCCAUCGCGAACCCGAUCGUUCACGCCAUGGCCGUCACGCCGGCGCCUCCUAACCGUCCGUCGCCGCCUGGGCCAGCAGAGAAGAGAUUCCUUCGCCGAUCCCUGCGCUUCUUUCUCGCCGCUAAUAUCGCCUUCGGAGUAUAUGCCCUCUUGACAACAUCAAAGAAAGAGCCAUCCGAGAAGGAGGGGGAAGAAGCUGCGAAAAUGGUUCCUGCUGCUUCUGUCACCCUUGAACCUGCAACUCCUGAUAAGAAAACGGUGUUUGCAACCGUUACACCUCCAACCGAGGUGCUGCCUCCGAUCACAGAGCAGGAGCAACGAGAGCUAUUUGAAUGGAUUCUCGAGGAAAAGAGAAAGGUCAAACCGAAUACUCUGGAUGAGAAGAAGAAAAUUGAAGAGGAGAAGGCUCUCCUCAAGCAGCUCAUCCGAGCCAAGUCUAUUCCCAGCAUCUAUGAGCCUCAUAUUUCUUGAAUCUAUGGAUUGGAGGAUGUUAUGCUGCAAACUCUCUCUGACUGUAUUCCGACUGUCAUUUUCAUAUUGAUCGUAUCCGAAAGCAGCGUGAAGUUAAAAAAUUGGGAGGUAGCGACUACAUUAAUAGGUUGUGGAUCUCGCUCCUCUCUAUAAAAUAAUUAACGUCAGUGUCAAGUCAGGGAAGG